AUGCCGCCAGAAGAACUUCCACAAGAGGCUAGCCCAACAGAUCCCACCCCAACAGUACUUCCCAUUCACGAAGUCAACAGAAACGCAAAUCUCAGCGAGUUCAUGUAUCAGGCGGACAUGGUUCUUACUGUAACUCAAGCGGAGCAACUUGGGAAUGAUGAAGAAGUUCGUGCGAAGCGCCAGGCCUACCGUGACGUUUUUUACCCAAGUACAAUUUGGGGGAGAACUGUUAGCUACUUCUUUGAUCCCACAGCAACUAAUGAUGUCAAAGCAGUGCUCAUCGCGGCCGUGCAGUUCUGGCAGCAAAACACCUGCAUUAAAUUUGUUGAAGACAGUACAGCGCUCAAUAAGAUACGAGUUUUCAAAGGAGAUGGCUGUUACUCUUACGUUGGGAAAGUUGGAGGACAACAAGAUCUGUCACUGGGAAGAGGAUGUGAAAGCGUAGGAACAGCAGCACACGAAAUGGGUCACGCUCUAGGAUUCUUCCAUUCCCAGUCCAGGGUUGACCGGGACAGUGCUAUUAGCAUUAAUAGUAGCCAAUAUC